GAAAACUGUCGAAUCUGAUACUCUGUAAGUUUUUUGAGCUCAGUUAGUCAACACGUUUUGUUAGGUUAGUAGCACACACAGCAGACUUAAAGCAAAGUAAACCAAACAAAAUCAAUUAACAAACUUGAAGAGGCGAUCAAAUACUCCCCCCUGUUUGUUUCUUGUGGCUAUUGAUUUUGUAUUUCCGAAGUAGAAUUCUCUUUCUGAACCAUGAUGCACAGUAAUAGUAAAUCGGAGGAGCCACGCGCUGUCUACGGAGCUUGGGAUAAUCCCGGGGUUUCAAUCUUCGCCACCGCUGCCCAGGAACCACUUCCCAAUUUGCUGACCAACUUGGUGCCCCUGCCAAAUGGCGAUGAUUGUGUCUCGGACAAGGAUGCAUGUCGCAUGGGUUUUCAAUCCUCUGUGGGGGCUAGCUCCCUGUAUCGUCUAAUCAAAGUGCAAGUGGAGGAAAUGGCUGCCGAGCGAAAAAUUCACAUGAAUCCUCGCCAGAAUCAGGAGCGAACCGAUGCGGAUAUCACCAUGGGUCUGGCCAAGGAGUUGGAUCGCCAGAAAGUGGAGGCCAGCAGGUGCCUACAGCUCCACAAAAAUGUGGAGAGAUUGAGGGAGCUGGGCAUGGAAGUGGCUCGAGCUCACACCGCUUUGGCCGUGAAGAACAAAAUCCUCAAUAACAUCAAGCAAACUUUGGAGGAUAGGCAGAGGGAACGGGCAGAAGCUCUGGCGGAGCAGAGAGCGGUGGAAAGGGAGCAACGGGAGGAGAAACGGCGAAGGAUUCAGAAGGCAGCCGCCUUUCGCAGUGACCUCAUGACCCAAAUAUCGGAGAACCGCUCCAAGCGCCAAAAGGAUCUCAAAGAGGCCAUCGAAGAGGGUCAACGGGAGUGUCAGGAAACGAAAACGAAGAUCGAACAGGAACGCCUCCAGGAUGCAAAAAAUAAAGCCGAGCAGCGUAAAAUACUCCUUGAAGCCCUGGAUCAAUCUGCUGAAAUGCUAAAACAAACUCGGGAAGCCUAUGCUUUGGCUCAAAAGAAUAAACCCGAGAGGGGACUCCUGGAUGCUCUGACUCCCGUAACUGCCACCUACGUUUCCAGGACGAAAAAGCGAAGGCUGGAUCAAAUCCAAGCUAGGGAUAUAAACGCCGCUCGACUGGGCUUCCAACUUAGUCAGAUCAAACAUGAUCUGGAGUCUCGUGAUCAACUGAUUACUAAUCUUCUCAUCCGCGAAUCCAAAGCCAAACAGAAUGCUUUAGUUGAAGAGCAAGCUAGAAACAAAAUGAUUAAGAAACAGGAGAUUCGCGAUCAGCUUCUCAGCCAGAGGGAUGAGCAGAAGUUCUUCCGGGAGAAGGCGAUUAAGGAUGCUCUCAUUCUGCCCAAGGAUCCCAUGUGCUUCGGGGAGCGACAAUACAGAAUGCAGGUGGCCCAGCAUGAAAACACCAGGAAACUGGAUGUCCAGUGCUACAAGGACAUGGCCAACAUGGUUGUGGAGGGCAAGAGGCGCAAGAUCGCCGAAGCCCAGGAAGCUUGCGAUAUUAUCAAACAGUUGGACGAUAUUCAGGCUAAACAGGAUGAGUUUGUGGCUGCCGAGAGGAUGAAACUGCUCGCCAAACAACCAGUGGAAGUGCUUUCGGCCCUCAAGAAAUCCGCUUUAACCGAAGAGGAGCUUAGUACCUUUAACCUAAAGAAGUGAUGAAUAUGUUUUUGCUUUUUUUCAGUUCAUUAACCUUACUAGACUUAAAAUCCCUUAAAGAUCUCUCCUAAAUUUCAUGGUUUAUUAAAGCUAAAACUAUAAAGUGCAA